AUGUCGGGCAUCAAGAACACUCCCUCGGACGACAGCUACGUCGAACUUUCGACGACCAGCAGCCAGACCAGCGGCAACGGCAACGGCAACGGCAGCCUUCUUCGUGCCUUGACGGUUGCCUCCACUACUGGUGUCGAGGUGCAGAUCCCCGUUCCCUCGCAGCCUUUCGACGCAUGGAUCGUUGCCGACGUGCUUCGCGAAGAAUUCCAGCGAUCGCUCGCCGCUUCGCCCGAAGCCACCGACGUUCUCGAGGUCCAAGAUGAGCAAGACCAGGCCGGUGCCGCUGAAAAAGCCGCCAGCGAGGCCAAAGUCAACCUUGCUGCCAAGUUCCUCGGCUUCCUCGCCUCGCGCGUCUCGCCCAAGGCCUCGUCGAGCCACGAGCUCAACUUGCUCCAACACGCCUGGACUCACUUCCACGACGAGUUCCUCGCCCAGCAUGGCAGCGUCCACGACCUAGUCUCCGCAAUCGACUCUGACCUCCGCACGUCCGUCCUGCGCAGCUACUUUGAGGCCUACGUCCUGCUCGAGUCGACCGACAAGGCGAAGCCCUCGCUCAUCACCCCCAAGCUCUUUUCUCUUUCGGCCCAGAACAAGGCCGAGGUGCACGCCGUGUUCGGUGGUCAGGGCAACAAUGAGGCCUACUUCAAGGAGCUCCAGACCCUCUUCGACGCUUACCGACCGCUCGUUCAACCUCUGCUCGAGUCGACCCAGCCCGUCUUUGACAAGCUGGUACAGGAUGCAGUCAAGCAAGGAUUUGCCAGCUACUACACGCACGGCCUCAACGUACUCGGCUGGCUCACGGGCGCUGUUCCCGAGCCGGCAGUCUCGUACCUCGCCAGCGUGCCGCUCAGCUUGCCCCUCAUCGGUCUGACGCAGAUCACCCAGUUCCUCGUCAGCAUCCGCGCCUCCGGCCUCACCCCCGCUGAGUUCCGUUCGCAGAUCAAGAGCGCCACCGGCCACUCCCAGGGUAUCAUCUCGGCCGUCGUUCUCUCGGCUUCCGACAGCCUCGAGUCGUUCCACGCCAACGUCGCCAAGGCGCUCGAGCUCCUCUUCCACAUCGGUAAGCGUGGUCAGGAAUUCUUCCCCACCCUCGCUAUCGACCCAGCACUCGUCAAGGACACCGUCGAGGGCGGCGAAGGCGAGCCCACGCCAAUGCUUUCCGUUUUGGGCCUCGAGCAGGCCAUCCUCGAGAAGCACAUCCAGAAGACCAACUCGCACCUCGCCGAUUCGCAGGCCGUCUCGAUCUCACUCUUCAACGGUCCUCGCAGCUUCAUCGUCACGGGCUUCCCCAAGGCGCUCGUCGGUCUCGUCGGCAGUCUGCGCGCAAUUCGCGCCGACACUGGCGCUGACCAGGGCAAGAUUCCCUUCAGCAAGCGCAAGGCCGUCUUCCGAAUGAACUUCCUGCCCGUGGGCGUCCCCUACCACUCGGCGUACCUCACCGGUGCCACCGAAAAGAUGCUUCAGGAGGACUACGCCGGUCGUACCACGGUCUGGGACGCUUCCGAGCUCAAGGUCACGGUCAAGAACACCGAGGACGGCUCGGACCUUGCCAGCUACCGCUCCGAGGACAUCCUCAAGAGCAUCGCUGACCAAAUCUUUGUCAAGCACAUCUCCUGGUCCAAGGCCUCGGACCUGCCCAAGACCGCCACCCACCUCAUCGAUUUUGGCACUGGCGGUCUCUCGGGUAUCGGUGGCCUUUCUGCCCGUAUCCUCGAGGGCCGCGGCGUGAGGAUCGUUAUCCCCAGCGGCACUCAUGCGCGCAGCACCGAGCUGUACAGCGCCACCACCGUCAAGUUUGAGGAGCGAUGGGAGGACGUCUGGUCGCCCCGCCUCGUCAAGACCAAGACUGGCAUCAAGAUCGACACGCCUUUCUCGCGCACCACGGGUCGCGGCAUUCUUAUGGUCGGCGGUAUGACGCCUACGACCGUCAGCGCCAACAUCAACGCUGCCGUGCUGAACGCUGGGUACUUGAUCGAGCUCGCCGGCGGUGGUCUCCACAGCGAGGCUGGCCUGCGCAAGCGUGUCAAUGAGAUUCUCGCCCAGCUCGAGCCCGGUAACGGUCUGGAGCUCAACGGUCUUUUCAUCGACCAGCGCCGUUUCGGCUGGCAAUACCCUCUGUGGGGUCAGAUGCGUCGCGAGGGCUUCCCGUGCAAGGGUUUCACCGUCGCUGCUGGUAUUCCUUCGACCGAAAAGGCCAAGGAGAUCAUCGAUGGUCUCAAGGCUGCCGGCAUCGAGUACGUCGGCUUCAAGCCCGGUACCGCCGAUGGUCUUCGCGCCGUUGCCGCCAUCGCUGCCGCCAACCCGGACUUCAAAAUCAUCUGCCAGUGGACUGGUGGACGAGCUGGUGGUCACCACUCGACCGAAGACUUCCACCAGCCUAUCCUGCAGACGUACGCCAGCCUGCGCAAGCAGAAGAACCUCAUCCUCGUCGGUGGUUCCGGUUUCGGUGAUGCCGAGGGUGUCUGGCCCUACCUCACCGGUGAGUGGUCGGUCAAGCUCGGCUACGCUCCCAUGCCCUUCUCGGCCUUCCUCUUCGCCUCGUGGAUGCUGGUCGCCAAGGAGGCCGCCACUGCCGACGCCGUCAAGCAGCUGCUCGUCGACACGCCUGGCUGUGGCGACGACAAGUGGCAAGACACCUACGGCAAGGGCGCUGGUGGCACCAUCACUUGCAACUCGGAGCUCGGCGAGAGCAUCAGCUAUGUGAACAACCGCGCCGCUGCUUUGUGGCGCCAGCUUGACGACCAGCUCUUCUCGCUUCCACGCGAGAAGCAGCGUGUAUGGCUCUCGGAGAAGAAGAGCUGGCUCAUCGAGCGCCUCAACAAGGACUUCCAGAAGCCCUGGUUCGCUGCCAAGCUGGACGGCACCACGCUCAUGAACGUCGCUGACAUGACCUACGAGGAGGUGACCCGCCGCAUGCUUGAGCUCCUGUUCGUCAGCCACCAGAGUCGCUGGAUCGACCCGUCGUUCAAGAAGCUGUUCGGUGACUGGUGCCGACGUGUCGAGGAGCGCUUCGCCGGUAUCGAAACCGCCGGCAAGAAGGAGUCGCUGCUGCAGAGCUACUCGGUCCUCGACAAGGAGCCCUCCACGUUUGUCGACAGCUUCUUCGCCGAGUACACGGGCGCCAAGGAAAUCCGACUGGCAGCCGAGGAUGUCGGCUACUUCCUCACCAUCUGCCAGCGUCGUGGUCAGAAGCCCGUGCCCUUCAUCCCCGAGCUCGGCGACAACUUCCAGACUCUCUUCAAGAAGGACUCUCUCUGGCAGUCCGAAGACCUCGAUGCUGUCGUCGGCCAGGAUGCCCAGAAGGUCAUCAUCCUGCAAGGCUCUGUCGCCGUCCAGCACUGCACCAAGGCCAACGUACCCGCUGGUGAGAUGCUUGGCGAGAUUGAGAAGGAGCUCGUGGCCAAGGUGUUGGCCAAGUACUACGACAACGACGAGUCCAAGGUUCCCGUUGCCGACUACGUGUCCAGCGAAGCUCUCAUCCUUGACGGCGCCGACUUCUGUACUCGAUCCGGCAUCGAGGCCUCGGUCGAUGGCAACGUCAAGACGUUCAAGCUUGGGAGCCAGGUUCCCGACACCAAGGAGUGGCUCGAGCUGCUUGCCACCCAGCGAACCAGCUGGCUGCGUGCUCUGCUGCGCAACGUCAGCGUCGUCCAAGGCAAGAAUUACGCCGACAACCCGAUGCUGCGCAUGCUGGCACCUCGCAAGCACCAAACUGCCAAGAUCGCGUACGCUGCCAACGGCGAGCCUGUCAGCCUUACACUGUUCGGUGCUGCCCGCUCGUACGGCCGACACGACGACGGCUUCAAGGCGCUCGAGAUCACCAAGUCCUCCGACUCCGCUCAGAUCCAGGUGACUCUCUUUGAAGAGCGUCUCGGUGAGGCGGUUCCUCUCCACUUCUAUUUCACCUACCGCCCCGACCAGCCCUUCGCAUCGAUCCACGAGAUUAUGGACGGACGCAACGACCGCAUCAAGCAGUUCUACUGGCAGCUGUGGUUCCACGCCGACAUGCCUGCUGCUGCUCAGCUCGCUGCAGCCAAGGAGUUCAAGAGCCCCGUGAAGUCGCUCGACGAGGCGGCCAUUCGCAACUUCUGCCGCAUUGUCGAGAACCGCGGCGAGGUCUUCACCAAGGGUCAGGCUCCCAUGGACUUUGCCAUUGUUGCUGGCUGGGAGGCUAUCAUGCAGGCGCUCAUGGCAAGCUGCGAUGCCGACCUGCUCAGCCUCGUUCACUUGAGCAACUCGUUCAAGGUGAUCAACGAUGCUCGCCCUCUGCGUGCUGGCGAUGUCUGCACUGCGACGGCUCACGCCAGCAGCAUCAAGAUCUCGGACACUGGCAAGUCGGUCAGCGUCACCGGCACGGUUCUGCGCAAGGAUGCCAGCGGCGAGCUGGUGCCCGUCAUCUCGGUCGUCUCAAGCUUCUUCUUCCGAGGCCGCUUCACUGACUUCAACACCUGCUUCGAUACAUCGCAGAACGAGUUCACGCUGGAGAUCAAGUCCAAGGCCGACGCCACCGUUCUGCUCGCCAAGGAGUGGUUCGACUGGGUUGCUCCUCAGCCUCUGGCUCCUGGCACGGUGCUCCACUUCAAAAUCCAGAGCUUGCUCAAGUACAAGGACAGCACCUCAUACUCGGAUGUCGAUGUCACUGGAGGUGCCUACGUACGCGACUACAAGGACGACCUCAUCAAGGUGGGCGAGAUCGAGUACACUGCCGAUGCCGUCAGCUACGGCAACCCUGUCAUCGAGUACAUCAAGCGCAACGGCGGUGCAUCGACCGGCGGUGUGGUUCCGCUUGAGACCGGAUACACCAUUGGCGCGUCCGACGUCUCCACCUCGUUCGUGGCUCCCGCUACCAACGAGCCUUACUCGAACGUCUCGGGCGAUUUCAACCCCAUCCACAUCAACCCCUACUUUUCUUCGUUCGCUUCGCUUCCCGGAACCAUCACCCACGGUCUCUUUUCGAGCGCCGCUUCGCGCAAGUUUGUCGAGGUCGUUGCUGCCGAGGGCUAUCCCGACCGAUGCCUUUCGUUCGAGGCCAACUUUGUCGGCAUGGUGCUGCCCGGUGAUGAGCUCACUGUCAAACUGCGCCACAUUGCCAUGCGCGACGGCAACAAGGUCAUCAAGGUUGAGACUUUCAACCAGAACGGCGACAAGGUGAUUGAUGGACAGGCCGAGGUUAAGCAGCCUGCCACCGUCUACGUUUUCACCGGUCAGGGUUCGCAGGAGCAGGGCAUGGGCAUGGACUUGUACAACUCGAGCCCCACCGCCAAGGCACUCUGGGACGAGGCCGACGGCCACCUGCGUAGCACGAUGGGCUUCAGCAUCCUCGAGAUCAUUAACCAGAACCCUCUCACCAAGACCAUCCACUUUGGUGGUGUGCGAGGCCACACAAUCCGCGAGCGAUACAUGUCGAUGACCUACGAGUCGACCGACGCUGACGGCAACACGGUGACGUUGCCGCUGUUCCCCGAGAUCACCGCUUCGAGCCAGAGCUACACGUUCCAGUCGCCCAAGGGUCUGCUCUUUGCUACGCAGUUUGCGCAGAUUGCGCUUGUGCUCGUCGAGCUCAGCGCCUUCCGCGACAUGAAGCAGCGAGGCCUCAUCACUCCCGACGCUGCCUUUGCCGGUCACUCGCUUGGUGAGUACGCCUCGCUCGCGGCCGUUGCCAGCGUCCUCGAGGUCAAGUCGCUGUGUGACGUCGUCUUCUACCGUGGUCUCUCGAUGCAAAACUGUGUGCAGCGCGACCCCGUCACUGGCGCUUCCAAUUACGCCAUGAUGGCCUGCAACCCUCUUCGGAUCGUUGGCGAAGGCAACCCGGCGUUCGCCGGUCAGGCUCUCGCCGAGAUCGUCGACUCGAUCAGCAAAGAGUCGGGCCGUCUGCUCCAGAUCGUUAACCACAACGUUGCCGGCCAGCAGUACGUCACUGCUGGUGACCUCGUUGCCCUCACCACGCUCGGCAAUGUUCUCAACUUUAUCAAGAUCCAGAAGAUCGACCUCAAGAAGCUCAACGAAAUCAUGCCCAUCGAGGAGGUGCGUGAGAAGCUCGCCGAGAUCGUCCGCGAGGUGCUGUCUGCUGCUCUCGAGGAGGAGAAGAAGGGCCGCAUCGAGCUCAAGCGUGGUUUCGCAACGAUCCCUCUCCCUGGUAUCGAUGUGCCUUUCCACUCGCGCUACCUCACCGGUGGUGUCGCACCUUUCCGCUCGUACCUGUCGAAGCGCAUCAACGUGGAUGCCAUCCGUCCUCAGCUGCUAGUUGGUCGCUAUAUUCCUAACUUGGUCGCUACUCCCUUCGAGUUGUCCAAGUCGUACGCCGAGCUUAUUUUUGCGCAGACCGACUCGCCCCGUCUCGACAAGGUGCUCAAGAACUGGGAGAAGGACGAGUGGGAGUCGCCCGACAAGGUGCAGAGGCUCACCGCAACGCUCGUAGUGGAGCUCCUCGCCUACCAAUUCGCUUCGCCCGUGCGCUGGAUCGAGACGCAGGACAUCUUCUUCAACGACUACAACUUUGAGCGCCUCGUCGAGUUCGGGCCCAGCCCCACCCUCGUCGGUAUGGCCAAGCGCACCCAGGCGCUCAAGUACUCGGCCGUCGACCUCGCCCAGGGCCGCAAGCGUGUCAUGUACUGCUCCAGCAAGGACAAGGAGUCGCUGUACUACGCCUUCGCCGACGACGAGAGCGAGGUUGAGGCUGCUCCCGCCGCUGACGCCUCCACUGCUGCUCCUGUUGCCGCCGCUCCGGUUGCUGUAGCUGCCGCGCCCGCGCCCGCUGCUGCUAGUGGUGCUGCUGCUGCCGAAAUCCCCGAUGAGCCCCUGAAGGCUGUCGACACUGUCCGUGCCAUUCUGGCUCAGAAGCUCAAGAAAAACAUCUCCGAGGUGCCUCUCUCCAAGUCGAUCAAGGACUCGGUUGGCGGUAAGUCGGUGCUCAGCAACGAGCUCGUCUCGGAUCUUCUUGCCGAGUUCGGCAACUUGCCUGAGCGAGGUGAAGAGCUCCCUCUCGAGGAGCUCGGUGGUGCUCUGCAGGCCGGCUACAGCGGCUCCCUCGGCAAAACCACUUCGAGCUUGAUCACCCGUACCGUCGGUGGUAAGCUGCCCGGUGGUUUCAACCUUUCAGCUGUCAAGUCGCACCUGCAGAAGGCCUGGGGCCUCGGCGCUGGCCGCACCGACGGCGCUCUGCUCGUCGCCGUCACCAUGGAGCCCGCCAAGCGUCUCGGCUCGGAGGCCGAGGCGAAGACUUGGCUCGAUUCGGUCGCUCAGACCUACGCCUCUCUGGCAGGCAUCAGCCUCAGCCAGGCUAGCGCAGGCGGUGGAGGAGGUGGUUCAGGCGGUGUUGCCAUCAGCAGCGAGGAGCUCGACAAGCUCAAGGCUCAGCAAGACGAGCACGUUCGUCGCCAGAUCCAGGUGCUCGAGCGCUACCUCAACAUGGACGGUCGUGCCAGCGGACGUCUUGCCGAGAGCACCAAGGCCGAGCUCGAGGCUGCCCAGGCUCAGCUCGACGCCAUUGCUGCUGAGCACGGCGACAUGUACACCAACGGCAUCAUGCCCAAGUUCACGGAGAAGAAGGUGCGACACUUUAGCUCGUACUGGAACUGGGCUCGCCAGGAUGCCAUGACGCUGCUGUACGACAUUAUCUACGGUCGCCUCACCACCGUCGACCGUGAGAUCACUGCUCGUUGCAUCACGCUCAUGAACCGUGCCGAUCCCAGCCUGCUUCGAUACAUGCAGUUCCACAUCGACCAGAUCGACGCUGCGCAGGGUCCAACCUACGCCCUUGCCAAGGAGUACGGCCAGCAGCUCAUCGAGAACUGUCGCGAGGCUUGCGCCGAGGAUGCUGUCUACAAGGAGGUGCAUGCUCCCACGGCUCCUCACACCGAGAUCGAUGCUCGCGGUAACAUCGCCUACAGCGAGGUGAAGCGUGUCGGUGUUCGCAAGCUCGAGGCCUACGUCAAGGAGAUGGCCGCCGGCAGCCGUCUGCUUGGCGCUGGCAGCCAGGUCAACCUUGACAAGGCGCAGGAGAAUGUCGCCAAGCUCUGGACGCUCAUCCGCAACGAGCCUUCCGUCAGCAAACUCAGCAAGGCUACCAUCAAGAGCUUGUACAGUGAGGUGGUGCGAUCGCUGGGCCCGGCUCGUCAGGCUCGUGCUCCGGCUCGUCAGGCUCCUCGCAACCGCCGUCUCAGCUCCAACACGCAGCGUCCUCAGGUGCCGGACGCCCCAGCCGCCGAGGACCGUACGCCUUUCCUCCACGUCAAGAGAAAGGUGGCUGGUCAGUGGCAGCUCAGCCGAAAGCUCACCUCGGUCUACCUCGACAUUCUCGGCGAGAUGGCCACCCAGGGUGUCAGCUUCAAGGGCCGGAACGCCCUGCUCACCGGUGUCGGCAAGGCUUCCAUCGGUGUUGAAGUCGUCAAGGGUCUCUUGGCUGGUGGUGCUCGCCUCGUCAUCACCACGUCGAGCUACAGCCGCAGCGUCGUUGAAUACUACCAGCGCAUCUACCAAGAGGUCGGCUCACGAGGCUCGACGCUCACGGUGGUGCCCUUCAACCAGGCUUCCAAGCAGGACGUUGACAACCUCGUCAAGUACAUCUACGGCUCGCUCGAUCUCGACCUCGACUUUGUCGUGCCCUUCGCAGCCAUCUCGGAGAACGGUCGAGAGAUUGACGGCAUCGAUGACAAGUCCGAGCUGGCCCAUCGUCUCAUGCUGACCAACCUGAUCCGUCUGCUCGGUGCCAUCAAGACCGAAAAGGCCAGCCGCAACUUCGACACUCGACCUACGCAGGUGCUGCUGCCCCUCUCGCCCAAUCACGGCCUGUUUGGUGGCGACGGUCUCUACGGUGAGAGCAAGCUCGGUCUUGAGACGCUGCUCACACGAUGGGAGAGCGAGAGCUGGGGUCAGUACCUGUGCAUCACCGGCGCCAUCAUUGGCUGGUGUCGAGGCACGGGUCUCAUGUCCUCGUCCAAUACGGUCGCUGAAGAGCUCGAGAAGCUCGGCUGCCGAACCUUCAGCACCACCGAGAUGGCGUUCAACUUGCUCGGUCUGUUGGCUCCCACCGUGUCGGCCGUCAGCCAGGUCGAGGCUCUGCUCGUCGACCUCAAUGGUGGCAUGGACAAGAUCGUCGACCUGGCGGAACAGACGGCCAAGUUCCGUGCCGCCAUCCAGGAGGCUUCGUCCACCAAGCGUGCACUCGUCGCUGACAACUCGGCUGACUUCAAGGUCAUCAAGGGCUCGGCUGCCGAGGCGCUGCACAAGAAGGUGCACAUCAACCCUCGAAGCAACUUCACCUUCCGCUUCCCCGAGGUGGGCAGUCACCAGCUCAACCGCGAGAUCGCCAAGAGCUACUCGGCCAUGGACCUCGAGAAGGUGAUCGUCAUCACCGGUUUCGCCGAGGUGGGUCCGUGGGGUUCGUCGCGAACUCGAUGGGAGAUGGAGGCCUUUGGCCACCUCACCAACGAAGGUGUUAUCGAGCUUGCCUGGAUCAUGGGUCUCAUCAAGCACCACGAUGGACAGCUCAAAUCUGGUGCCACCUAUGUCGGCUGGGUCGAUGUCAAGAGCGGCGAGCCUGUCGAUGACAAGGACAUCCGUGCCAACUACGAGGGGCACAUCAUCAAGCACGCCGGUAUUCGCCUCAUCGAGCCCGAGCUGUUCCGCAACUACGACCCCAACCGCAAGGGCUUCCAGCAGGAGAUCGAGCUCAACCACGACCUCGAGCCUAUUGAGGUGUCGGCCGAGGAGGCGUCCAAGUACAAGCUUGAGCACGGCGACAAGGUCGAUGCCUGGCAAGACGCUUCCACCGGCGGCUGGUUCGUCGUGCUCAAGAAGGGUGCGCGCAUCUUUGUACCCAAGGCCGUCGCGUUCGACCGCCUCGUUGCUGGUCAGCUGCCCACUGGCUGGUCCGGUCAGCGCUACGGUAUCCCGGACGACAUUGUCGCCCAAGUAGACCGCACCACCCUCUGGGCGCUCGUCUGUGCCUCGGAGGCGCUCGUCAACUCGGGUAUCGCGGACCCUUACGAGCUGUACAAGCAUAUCCACCCCAGUAAGGUCGGAAGCUGCAUUGGUUCGGGUAUGGGUGGUAUGACGUCGCUCAGCAAGAUGUUCCGCGACCGCCGCAACGACACGGAUGUGCAGAACGACAUUCUGCAGGAGACAUUCAUCAACUCGGUUGCCGGUUGGGUCAACCUGCUCGUCAUGUCGUCGGCUGGUCCCAUCAAGACCGUCGUCGGUGCCUGUGCCACGGCGCUCCAGUCGAUCGACGUGGCUGUCGAGACCAUUCUCUCUGGUAAGGCCGAGCUCAUGCUUGCCGGUGGUUUCGACGACCUCUCCGAGGAGGGUUCGUUCGAAUUUGCCAACAUGAAGGCCACCUCAAACGGCAAGGAGGAACUGGCCGCUGGACGAGAGCCUUCGGAGCACUCGCGUCCGUUCUCGACCUCGCGCAGCGGUUUCAUGGAGUCGCAGGGUUGCGGUGUCCAGGUGCUCACCACGGCUGCCAACGCCAUCAAACUUGGCAUGCCCAUCCAGGGUAUCGUCGCCUACUCCAACACGCACACCGACGGUGCUGGCCGCUCGCUGCCCGCUCCCGGCCACGGUGUCAUCAGCAGUGCCGACGGCAUGCAGCGCGCGCUUGCCCGCUUUAACCUCACUGCUGACGACAUUGGUGUCAUCUCGGCGCACAUGACCGCCACCAAAGCCAACGACAAGAACGAGUCGCACGUCUACCAGGAGUUGUUCACGCGCAUGGGUCGCACACCUGGUCACGCUGUGCCCGUCAUGGCUCAGAAGUGGCUCUGUGGUCACGCCAAGGGUGGUGCUGCCGCCUGGGCGCUCAAUGGUGUGAUGCAGUCGCUGCACACGUCUAUCGUCUGUGGUAACCGCAACGCCGACGACAUCUCGCCCGAGCUGCAGAAGUUCGACAUGCUCCUCUACAACUCGACGUCGAUCCAUCGAACUCCACACCACGUCAACGCCGCGGCGGUGUCGUCAUUUGGUUUCGGCCAGGUGGGUGGUAUCAUUCUCGUGCUGCACGCCGCCCACAUUCUUGGUCGCCUCUCGCCCAAAAUGUUUGACGAGUAUGUUGCACGACGCAAGGCGCGUCAGCACCAGACCUACACUCGCAUGCACUCGGCGCUCACCAAAGAGGACCUGGUGCGCAUCAAGGACAACCGCCCAUGGCCUGCCGAGCUCGAGGACCAGGUGCUGAUGAACUUGAAUGCGCGCGCCGUCGAGAUCGGCGACAGCUACGGCUUCAAGGCGCCUCUUCCCGCCAUGCCUGCGCUCGCCACGGUCGAGGACACGGUCGUGCCAGCCAAGCCCGCCAGCGUGGCUGCUCAGCAGGAGAGCCUGGAGAAGAUGAUGGGUCACGUUGCUGGCGUCGGCAUCGACUGCGAGAAGAUAUCGACAUUCCCGUCAGACAACGAGAACUUCAUUUCGAGGAACUUUACUGAUGUCGAGAUCGAAUACUGCCGUGCUCAGCCCGACGCCAGGGCUUCGUUCUGUGGCCGCUUCUGUGCCGCCGAGGCUGUGGUCAAGUCGCUUGGCGUCCGAACUCAGGGAGCCGGUGCUUCGCUCAAGGAUGUCGAGAUCGUGCCCACUCCCGAAGGACCGCAGGUGAAGCUGUACGGCGAGGCGCUCAAGGCCGCCAACGGCUCGCGUUUCCUGGUUUCGAUCUCUCACGGCGACGACACGGCCAUGGCCAUCGUUCACCGUCUUCCCAGCGCUUAA